UGGGUGGGGUAGAGAGUAGGGGGCGGUAGUCGGGGGUGGUGGGAGAAGGAGGAGGCGGCGGCGGCGAAUCACUUAUAAAUGGCGCCGAAGCAGGAUCCGAAGCCUAAAUUCCAGGAGGGUGAGAGAGUGCUGUGCUUCCAUGGGCCUCUUCUUUAUGAAGCAAAGUGUGUAAAGGUUGCCAUAAAGGAUAAACAAGUGAAAUACUUUAUACAUUACAGUGGUUGGAAUAAAAAAAGUGCUGUGAGGCCCAGGUGCUCUGAAAAAACUUUGAAGACACAUGAGGAUAUUGUAGCACUUUUUCCUGUUCCUGAAGGAGCUCCCUCAGUACACCACCCCCUCCUGACCUCUAGUUGGGAUGAAUGGGUUCCAGAAAGCAGAGUACUCAAAUACGUGGACACCAAUUUGCAGAAACAACGAGAACUUCAAAAAGCCAAUCAGGAGCAGUAUGCGGAGGGGAAGAUGAGAGGGGCUGCCCCUGGAAAGAAGACUUCUGGACUGCAACAGAAAAAUGUUGAAGUGAAAACAAAAAAGAACAAACAGAAAACACCUGGAAAUGGAGAUGGUGGCAGUACCAGUGAGACACCUCAGCCUCCUCGCAAGAAAAGGGCCCGUGUAGAUCCUACUGUUGAAAAUGAGGAAACGUUCAUGAACAGAGUUGAAGUUAAAGUAAAGAUUCCUGAAGAACUAAAACCAUGGCUUGUUGACGACUGGGACUUAAUUACCCGGCAAAAACAGCUCUUUUAUCUUCCUGCCAAGAAGAAUGUGGAUUCCAUUCUAGAGGAUUAUGCAAAUUACAAGAAAUCUCGAGGAAACACAGAUAAUAAGGAGUAUGCUGUUAAUGAAGUUGUGGCAGGGAUCAAGGAAUACUUCAAUGUAAUGUUGGGCACUCAGCUGCUCUACAAAUUUGAGAGACCACAGUAUGCUGAAAUCCUCGCAGAUCACCCUGAUGCGCCCAUGUCCCAGGUGUAUGGAGCGCCACAUCUACUGAGAUUAUUUGUACGUAUCGGAGCAAUGUUGGCCUAUACACCUCUGGAUGAGAAGAGCCUUGCUUUAUUACUGAAUUAUCUUCAUGAUUUCCUAAAAUACCUGGCAAAGAACUCUGCAACUUUGUUUAGUGCCAGUGAUUAUGAAGUGGCUCCUCCUGAGUACCAUCGGAAAGCUGUGUGAGGCACUUAUACUCACUCGUUUGGAUCUCUCAUGGGAGCUCCUUAGGGCCAAAGAUGUGUACCGUAAACCUCAGAUCUCUAGACCUCAGCACAGGGCCUAUAUGGAGGGGUCAAGAGAUGGUGACUGAGACAAAUGAGGCAGCUUCAGCCCUGUACCAGACUGUCUUCUGGAUCCUUGGAGUUCAAGUGCAUUUGGAAUGUUUUCAUCCCAGUUGGAUAGAACCUUGCCUGCUGCUCUCUUUAAAUCCAAACAGCACCAAGGCAUGGGUCAUUUUUCUUGUUUCACAACAGUCAUGCCCAUGGGGAUGCCGGGAGCAUCUUUGUAUUCUCUCAGGAGCCUGGUGUAGGAGGGGAGUUGCAAACAGCUGACACUCGGUAGUUGUUUGGUAACUGAAGGAGAGGGUGGGAAUUGGCCUUUGCAAGCCCCCUUUAUAGGAGAUCCAUGAUCACCUUGUGGGAUUGAGGGCUGCAGACAUCCUGGGAGCUUGUGGAGAGAAAGCCUGCAUCCAAGUCCAAGCCCAUAAUCUGUAAUGAGCUAGGAAACCCCCCAGAUGAGGUUAAUUUUGAAAAUGGUUAUUUGCUUUUCUGUGGUAAUUUGAAUUUCUCUGAAACCUCAUCCAGACUCUUUCUCUAAAAUGAAUGACUUAAUAAAAAUAUGAUUAUUAAUAACAUGUUGGUUAUAUUGGUCAUUAAUUUCAACAAAUAUUACAUACUAUUGCAAGAUAGUAAUGAUAGAGAAAACUGGGUGUGGGAUAUAUUGAAGCUCUUUGUAUUAUCUUCACAAUAAUUCUGUAAAUCUAAAACUUAAAAAAUUUUUAAAGUUUACUUUAAAAAGGAUAUGCUGAGUGAAAAUUCAGGUUAAGCUGUUUUUCCAAAUAGCUAUCCAAUUUCCUAGCUCCUUUUUUUGAAUAGAAGAAAUUGAUUUGUCUGUCUGCUACUUACGUAUA